AAUCAAACUCAUUGGAACACAAAAUUAAAAGUGAAAAAAUACAAAGGUGUAAUCAUGAUGAUGAGCACCCCAACAGUGCUAGUUCUACCAGCUCCAGGUCAAGGGCAUGUAAACCCCAUGAUGAUCCUUUCACAUAAGCUGCUUGAUCAUGGAUGCCAUGUCAUCUUUGUCAAUUCAGAUUUCAGCCAUAAGAGAGUAGUGAGAUCCAUGGAGAACAACAAUGGAUCAUCUUCACCAAUAAAACUGGUGUCAAUCCCAGAUGGGUUGGGACCUGACCAUGACAGAGUCAAUCUAGGAGAGGUAUGCGACUCCAUAUUGAGGACCAUGCCUUCAGAGCUUGAGAAGCUGAUAGAAGAUCUUCAAUUGAAUGAGGGCAUUAAAGUAACUUGCGUUGUUGCUGAUGUGUUCAUGGGUUGGGCUUUGGAAGUUGCAAGGAAAGUGGGAAUCAAAGGUGCAUUCUUUUGGCCUGCGGCGGCAUCACUGUUUGUGUUGCAGUAUAACGCCUCCAACCUUGUUGCUGAUGCCAUCUUAGACUCUGAUGGAUUUCCAAUCUCAGAAAAAUCAUUGUGGUUAUCAUCUUGCAUUCCAACUAUGGAAAUUAAAGUCUCUUGGUGGCUAAAUAUGUUCGAUCCGUUUGUUGGAAAGCAAAUGUUUAAGUAUAUGAUGUAUUGUAUGCGUAAUUCAAAUUUGACCGAGUGGUUCCUCUGUAACAGCACACCAGAACUUGAACCUGAAGCAUUUUCCUUAUUACCAAACAUAUUAUCGCCAAUAGGUCCAUUAUUGAACAAAAAAAUAUCAGUAGGACAAUUCUGGGAAGAAGAUAUAUCAUGCAUGAGUUGGUUAGAUCAGCAACCUCAAUGUUCUGUAGUUUAUGUUGCUUUUGGAAGUGAAACUCUCUUUAAUCAAAGACAAUUUACAGAACUUGCACUUGCACUUGAACUUACCAAUAGACCCUUUCUGUGGGUUGUGCGUCAAGAUCCCAAUUGCACCAAUACGGUGUCUCUCCCUCCUGAAUUUAAGGGUUAUAAAGGUAAAAUAAUUGGAUGGGCUCCACAAAAGAUGGUAUUGAGCCACCCUGCCAUAGCUUGUUUUGUGAGUCAUUGCGGUUGGAAUUCGACCAUAGAAGCUUUGUCUAAUGGGGUACCUCUCCUGUGUUGGCCAUAUUUUGGUGACCAGUUUUUCAAUAAGAAUUAUAUUUGUGAUGCAUUGAAAGUUGGAAUGGCAUUUGAUUCGGAUGAAAAUGGAAUGAUCUCACGUGGAGAGAUAAAAGAGAAAGUGGAUGAGUUGCUUAGUGAUGAGAACACAAGAUCAAGGUCUCAUAAGCUGAUGGAAAAAUUAAAGCACAACAUGGAAGAAGGAAGUACUUCUUCAACGAACUUAAGCAGGUUUUUUACUUGGUUGAAAGGAUAAUUAAGGGUUAGCUAGUUGCCUUGUUAUGAUUAUGUAAUAAUAAGAAACACUGUUCACGAGUUUUUUA